AUGAAGGCCGCACCCGCUCCGGUCGUCGUCCCGUUGGUAUGAGUCUCCUUUUCUAUUCGGUUGCUUUUGGGUUAACUCCUUUGGUUAGGGUCGUUGCUCCUUGGGUGAGAGGGCUAUAUAAUAUUGUGAUGAAGUGUCGAAUCGGGCGAAAGAAAGCAUGAUGUCGGUCUCGCCUGUUGUAACUACUUUUGUGUUUUUGGGCAACAACUACACUAUCGUGAUCAUGUCCACAACAAUAAUCACACUAUCGUGAUCAUGUCCAUGUCUCGUGAUCGUACAGGGAGACCCAAACUGAAUGAAAUGAAUGAAUGAUCGUGUCAUUAUACUCUCAGGUCGUUGCCCCGAUGAAGCCUGUCCCGAUGCAGAUGAUGUCUACGAAGAUCUCUGCCCCGAUCAAGUCCGCUCUGAUGAACGUUGCUCCAAUCAAGAUGAUGCCGCUGAAGAUCGCUGUUCCGCUGAGGGUUGCCCCUAAAAAGGUUGCCCCGAUGCAGACCUUCCCGCUCAAGGUUGCUCCGAUCAAGAUGAUGGCCAUCCAGGUCGCUGCUCCGAAGCAGGUUGCUUCGAUGGAGAUGGCUGCCCCACUGAAGGCUGCCCCGAUGUUGAAGCUGAUGCCGAUGAAGAUCGCUGCUCCGAUGAAGAUGGGGGCGAUGUCUAUGAAGAUGGCAGCUCCGAGCCCGAUGGAGGCCGCUCCGGUGACAGCGGCUGCUCCGCUGAAUGCCUCCCCGAUGAAAGUAGUGUCUACUAUGAAGAUAGAAGUUGCUCCAAGGAGUGACUCCCCGAUGAAAAUGGAGGCCAUUAAGACGGUUGCUCCGAUGCCAGUGAAGGAAACCUUGAUGGAGGCUCCUCAGAUGCGGAUGGCUGCUCCAAUGGCAAUGCAGGCUGACGCUGACCCAUUGAAGAAGCCCCUCAAGGAUGGCCACGCAGAUGGUGAUCGCAGCCUUUCCCUCAUUUAAGGCCACACUAAAUCUCUUCAGUACCUACUGGCAUAAAUCAACAGAGGUCGGCUGUUCUUCUUUCUUAGAAGAAAGGACGCGAUCACCCAAGAGUCCUUCUUGUGACUUUUCUCCUCGUCAAUUUGUAAUCCGAUCUAGAAGUUGUACACAUGAUGUAAAAUAACCUUUUUUUCUUAUUUUCCUUAUUCCCUAGUAGCUGCUUGGUGCUUAAUUUGUACAAUAACUAUAGCCUUUUACACUUCCCUUAUCCCCUACGCCUACUUGUUUCUCUUGUCCCUUUUCCUCCUUUAUCCUUAUUCCCUACUUCCCUUAUCUUGGUCCCUUACUUUCCCUAUCCUUAUUCCCUACUUCCCUAGAAAAUGUCCCUUCGACGUAUCCUUUACGCCCUGACUGUUCCUAGAGCUUGUUCCCCUCCUCAUCAUCAGUGAGCUGCCCCUCCUCAUCCUCUUUCCCUUCUAAUUUCUGGAGCCGCGAAGGAAUCUCUUGGAGAGUGUCACUCCCGCGAAGGAUGACGGGCCACCGCCAGAAUGGGGACUGGCCACGCCGGG